GGUAUAGAUACAUUUUCUCCCGUGAUACACUUGCUAAUGUACAAUUUUACUAAAUUUAGAUAAGUUCAUCUCGGCAAAAUACAAUUUUGUUUAAAACCUUUUUGUGGUGGAAUAUUGGUUGCGUUGAGAGGAAACUCGUCGGAGAUUACUCGUUUAUUUUUUGUAAUACUCGAUUACUAUGUCAGUUUUGUCCUAUGGGCCACCACUAGCACAACAAAAAAAUAGUUCUAAGCAAAUCGAAAAAAGGCGGGAAACAUUGCGUACGGAAAGAAACAAAAAAUACACACAUGUGUCAUAGAGGACAGCGUCUGAAAUUUGAAAUAAUCUCACGCAUAUAACAAAAGUAAAUCAAAUUCGUGCACACUUAGGUUGUUUUUAAGACACUCGUUGUUCUCACUUAAGCCUCUCUAGCAAAAUCAAAACAAAAAACAGCUGAUAGCUAACUGCAGUUUUUACUUUUCACGAGCAUAAGAGAGAAUUGGCAAAAAAACGGUAAAACGUCCAGCAAAUAACUGAAACUAAGCAUUUUUAAGGCCGUUAAAGUGCAACACCAUUGAAAAGCAACCAGAACGUUCAAAGCAGGGUGAAAUUGUCAUUAAAUAAGGAUUUCGGGAUACACAUUUACCGGAAGUAAAGACACCAAGUACUGACCAUGUCUGGCAUUGCAAUCACGCGUUUGGGCGAGGAGCGAAAGGCGUGGCGCAAGGAUCACCCCUUCGGAUUCGUGGCCCGUCCCGCCAAAAACUCGGACGGCACCCUCAACCUGAUGAUCUGGGAGUGCGGCAUUCCCGGCAAAAAGUCCACCCCCUGGGAGGGCGGCCUCUACAAGCUGCGCAUGAUAUUCAAGGACGACUACCCCACCUCGCCGCCCAAGUGCAAGUUUGAGCCGCCGCUGUUCCACCCGAAUGUCUACCCCUCGGGCACCGUCUGCCUGUCGCUGCUCGACGAGGAGAAGGACUGGCGCCCGGCCAUCACCAUCAAGCAGAUCCUGCUGGGCAUCCAGGACCUGCUCAACGAGCCGAACAUCAAGGACCCGGCCCAGGCGGAGGCCUACACUAUCUACUGCCAGAACCGGCUGGAGUACGAGAAGCGUGUCCGCGCCCAGGCCCGCUCCAUGGCGGCCACCGAGUAAUACGAGUCCCGCUCGCGGACUUCCAACAUAGACAUAAGAAAAUAUCCAUCUAGGCACACUAAAUUCAAUGCUCUCCAUAACUAUAUACUCUUACUAAGUCUACUUAUGUAUGUACAUAUGAAUUUUAACGGAACUAUACUGCGCAUACAAAUCACAUUUGUUAAUAUCAUAAAACGCAUUUGAUGUCAGCCAUUAUUUGUACUCCAUCUUAAUAAAACCAAUAAGUUCUGGGA